GAAAAUAACAUUAAAAUAGAAUAUUAUUAAUAUAAGAAUUAAUUAAAUUUAAAAACAACAAAGAAGAUCGGUUUUUUAAUUUAAAAAUAAGUAUCAAUUUUUAGCCUAUUCCACAACAAACAUGGCCUAUUCCAUAUGAUCCAUCAUCAGUUCCAAGUUUACUGUUUGUGUAGCAACAUGGUGUAAUAUCUCUUACUAUUAGGCGUAAGAAAAAAGAACAGGAAAUUUGUCUUCUAUUUCUCUGCGUGUUUAUCACGCGUUUCAAAAUAGCCAAUUUAUUUGUUGUGGCAUGCCGAUUUUGCAAUUAGUGCGAAAAUGUCGUUAAUAUUUACACCAACGAAUCAAAUAAGGUUAACAAACGUUGCUGUUGUUCGCAUGAAAAAAGGUGGCAAGCGAUUUGAGAUAGCCUGUUAUAAGAACAAAGUGGUUUCUUGGAGAAGCAAAUUGGAAAGAGACAUUGACGAAGUACUACAAACACACACAGUAUUUGCUAAUGUAUCGAAAGGCCAAGUAGCCAAAAAAGAAGACCUCAUAAAAGCUUUUGGCAUUGAUGAUCAAACUGAAGUAUGCAAGCAGAUACUUGAAAAAGGAGAACUUCAAGUCUCUGACAGAGAAAGGCAUAUGGCAAUAGAUUCCAUGUUCAAAGAUAUUGCUACUGCAGUUGCUACUAUGUGCGUAAAUCCAGAAACAAAGCGUCCAUAUCCUGUUUCCAUGAUUGAGAGUGCCAUGAAGGAUCAACUACACUUUUCUGUUAAACCAAAUCGAAAUUCUAAGCAACAAGCACUGGAAGUCAUUUCACAAUUGAAGGAAAUGAUGCCAAUAGAACGUGCUCAAAUGAGGCUCAAAAUUGUCAUUCAAAGAAGGGAAGCAAGAAAAUUAAGAGACAAAGUAGUUAAACUGGUUUCUAAAACAGAAUCAGAAGAGUGGGACAAUGGAGUAUUAACAAUCACUUGUUUAAUUGAUCCAGGUCAAUUUAGACAACUAGAUGAAUUAGUACAAUCAGAGACAAAAGGCUCCGCUUUGUUAGAAUUACUUUGUUUAAAAGAAAUAGUGGAAGGAGAUAAGGUCCUAGAAUAAAUUAUAGUUUACUUGAAUUGUUAUUAAAUAUCUGUUAAUCACUAUUAUAGUGAUUAUAUAGUGUCCAUAUAGAUUCCUAUUUAUUAAAUACAUUUUAAUACACGUUGACCAAACAAUUCUGUUGUGUAUAAAUUAUAUAUAUGUACAUAUAGUUCCUGUUUUUUUUAUCAUCUCUGGUUGAGGACAUUAUCUCUUGAUAAGUUCAUUUUGUACAUAAUAGCUUAUUAACUUUAACAAAGGUUCCCCAAAAAUAGAUAUUGUUUUAUCAUCUUCUCUAUUAUUUUAAUAAAUUUGAUAAUAUGUGCCAGGUCUCAAGAUGUACAUACAAUGUGUAGUACACUGUUAAUUCAAUAUAUUUUUCUAAUACAACAAUCACACAUGUA